UUGACCUGUGGACCAUUAGAUUUGAAUCCAAGCACUUUUUUUUUUAAGAGAGUGGUGCAUGAUGUCCAGUGCUUUAAGAAUAUAUUAUUAACACUCUCCUCAAAGCAUCAACAAAUGAUGGGGUACUUUCUAGAUGAACAAACUCUAUUCAAACCACAGCUGCAAGUUAGUAAUGUUGACAUAGUGGACAUCUGUUGCUUGGAAGAAAAACUCCAGACACUUAUAAAAGAGAAAUAUCCACAUCAGGACACUGUUUCAUUGGCCAAGUGUGUUUAUUUUCGUGGGACCCAGUAUGCAAAGGACAUGAUCAUUUCUGCAGGAGAAUUAAGCGGCCUGCCUGAAUUCUACAAGAUACUGCAGAUUUUGGUUGUCUCAGAGAAUGUGUAUUUUUUUGCUGGAAGGCUCUCAUCUUGGUUUAUGGAACAUUACAGAUCUUAUCAACUUGACAACAGCUACACAGAUCUUCAACUACUAGAUCCAGAGCCAUUAAACGACCACCACCCACUGACUGCAUACUGUGUGGCUGGAAAAUUGAUGUUGACCCCCCAUUACGUGCCUGCUGAAUUGAGGAAAAUCAUGGCACUCUUAUUGCGAGUCAACAUCAAUACAAAACUCAUUCAGAAAAUCAAGUUGUCCACUCUACCAGAAUCAGUAAAGGAUCUUCAAGAUGAACUCAAGGAAAAGCUAGGACUUGAGGAGGAAUUCACAAUACAAUACGAGGAUCCUGAUUUUGACAAUGCACUUUGUAACUUGAUGGACAUCAGUGAGCUACCCACAGAAAGAGCAGUCCUGCACCUUGUUUGGAGUGAUGAUUCAUCUGCACCUCAGCCACAAACCCCAUCUCAACCACAAUCGCCAUCAGAUCUUGGGUCCAUCUCAUCUCUUGACACAGCCAGACUCCAUUCAUCAGACUCUCCCUACAGCCCAUCUUCAGUCAUUUGGAACUACAUGCGCAGUACCUCACAUUGGCCACACCCAUUCCCAAUCCCUUCUUUUUCUUAUGACAUUGAGUUAAAACUUCGCAAAGGCAAUGAAAUAUAGGAAAAAACUGGAGUUGGGUUGGAUGUAACAAGAGACAUCAAGAUGGAAAUACUGGACAAGUUGGCACAGCAAAUAUUCUCAAUCAAAGCUUAUCCUGAGUAGAAUGAAAUAACAUCUGUUGCCGCCAGAUUGGUUGUCAAAUAU